AUGGCUAGCCAAGAUACCUCAAUGGAGGAAAUCCUCUGGCGGUCUCCCCCGCACGUUCAGAUGAUGGGGGGUUUCAUCCACUCCAACAAUAUUCUUUUCUAUUUUGCCGAGUCUCCUUUCUUUGACCCAACCUCCAACAAUGCAUCCCUCGCCAUCCAAGCCAGUUAUAACGAGGCGUUCCGCCACUUCGUUGAGACACGCGAAGCCUUCGAGGCCCGGCUGAAGACCAUGUCUGGUCUGGAAUUCAUUGUCGCGUAUGAUCCUUUGCAAGCGGCUGCGCAAACCGAUACGCGCUUUGCUCACGAGCCGUCCAAUGUCUGGGUCAUUCGAAAACAGAACCGGCGAAAGCGGACUGGCAUGGACGACGAGGUGACCGUGAUCUCAACCUACUUCCUUGUCGGCGAUUGCAUCUACAUGGCACCAUCGGUUGCCAGUGUGGUGGGAAACAGAAUUGUAAGCUCCACGCUCUGCUACUGCUUCUCGGUGCGCAUCACUGGACUAAUCCUUCACAUUUUCUACUUCCAGCUUUCCGCUGUCACAUCGUUAUCACGGCUCAUGAAGACUGCUUCUACCCUUCCGACCUUCACCCCAUCUUAUGGACACACCUACCUACCACCCAUGGCCCGGCCGACCACCGAGUCCGGCGCACAAGCGUCACAGCAAAGCAAAGAAAAUACGCCUAUGCCGGACGCUGCGCCACCUUCUACUGCCGACACGCAAGGGACAAGUAGAGCCGGACUGGGGAUCUCGAAUACCAACUCCAGCUAUCAAGAUACUCGGAGCCUUGCCGAGUCCUUCAGCCUAUUUACUCAAUAUGGCGACGAGUUCAUGGAUGAGACCCCAUUGGUCGGUGAACCGGGCUCGUUCAUCAUGUCACGAGUCGGCGGUGAGAACGACCGCGCAGCCAAGACUGCAGCUGCAUCUAAGGCAUCACUUGGUGUAACCACCAGCACACCUGGGGCUGGCCGCGUCUCCACCCCGCAGGUUCGGGUUGAUACGCCUGGGAAAGCGUCGGAGAAGAGUAACUCGCCACCUAGCUCGGGUGAGAACAAAGGCAAGCGGAAGAAGAACCGGGUUGCUAGCUGA